AUGGUUAAUAUUGAGAUUUCACAGGCUUUAGAUCCAUCUACAUCGUUCGGCAUCAUGGAACGACAGCCCAGCUUGGAUCGACCGCCCGAUGACGAGAUUCUGAAUGCCUUCGAAGAGGUUUUGGUGAGCUAUUUUUGUUUAUGUUGUUGUACUUUAGGUUUUAAAAGGCGAAGAUAAACAAAAAGUUUAAAUUUGGUAUAUUACACUCAAUAGUUUUUGUUAUGGGUAAUUUAGAUGCUAGGGCAAGUAAAGUCACAUAUUGUUGUUCAAAACUUUGCUAAGGUAUUUUAAUUACUAAAAAUUGAUUUUGCUGGAGGUUAGUAGUUUAUUAUCAUGUAAAUUCUUUGAAAAAUUCUUGGUUUCAUUAUAUUACUCAUUAAAACUGGACUUUUUCAAUAAAAAGUUUGUAUUUUUUAUAAAAAUAUUGUUUGGAUAUUUGACGGACUAGAGUCUAAUUUUGACAAAAGUUAGUUGACUUUGAUCAAAGAUUAGUCUUUUAUGGACUUUAAAUCAAAAACGAUGCAUCUCAAUCUAAAACAAUAUAAAAAAGUAAAUUGAUUUGCAAAAAUGGAAUUUAUGUGAAAGAAUAAAACAAAGAGCAUAAAAAUUAAUUGUAUUUUAUGAAGAAUUUAGGUUUAUAAUUUAAAAUGCAAAAACAAAAAGGUAAAAUACGCUGUUUGGUUUAAAAUCUCUCAAAUUUAAAAAAUUGACCAAAAUUUUUAGGAAAGACGUAUUUUACAACAAAAUAAUUACUCUAACAUGUAUAUUUUUGUUUAAAUUGUUUAUAUUUUAGUCCCAAAUGGAUCUGCAACCGGACAAAGUGAGGGAUUUGAGGAAAUGUGACAUUCAGAAGAAGUGGAAGUUGGUCAGCGAUCACAGGAAGAUGUAUCAAGUGGACGAGCCUUCUGUUUACUUAGAUAAACUAAAGGUUUUGCUUGAUAAAAAGGCUAGAAAGGUAAGGAUUUGUUAAUGAAGAUGAUAGUUUUGUGAAAUUUAUCAAUUUAGUUAUUUUUUUAUAAUUUAGGUAACAAUUAAAUUUUUUUGUUAAAUUUUGUAUAUUAUAUAUAUUUACAUUAUUUAUAAGGCGUAGAUAAAUGGUAGUUUUAGUUUAUUUCAGGUCAAUUUAGGUAAUAUUCGAUUUAAUUUCAGAAAAAGAAAGUUGGAGCAUCUACAACUGAUGUCUUAAAGCAUAUUGAGAUCUCUUUGAGGACAAAUUCCAUUGAUUGGGUUAAGGCCUUCCUGAAUACUCCGAACAAUGGUCUCACGGUGUUGGUCGAAUAUCUUAUGGCACUUCAGGAUGAAAUUUUUAGUUCUUUUGAGUAAGUUUUAUAUUAUUAUUGUAACAUUCAUAUAUCGAAUAGGGUUUUUAACUAAAAAAGUUUUUUUAAAAGCAUUUUGCAGCAUAUAACGUUAUGGAAUGCUUAACCUAUAUCUAUUUUUUGUUAUAUUUGGUAUAUUUUGUCAUUAAUUAUCGAAUUUUAGUGCCACAGAGUUAGAAGACGUACCUACAUCAUCAUCAGCCUCCCAUUCUUCUGGCGAACCUCUCAACGCGACUUCAGAAGACUACUUCAACGUAACUCCGAUUUCUCAAAAGAUUUUGAAUUCGACUAGUCGAUCAGCUAAAAGUUUUAGUUCAGCCUUAUCAGCGACAAAGCAACCCAAAUCAACGUCGAAGCUGGCUUCACAAGCAUCGUUGGACUUGAGUUCCAGUCAGACGGAUGAUGUGCAUGUGUUGGUUAGUUGUCUCAGAGCUAUUAUGAACAAUUCUCAUGGAUUCAAUCGGGUAUUCUUCGAAGCCAACGCCAUUUACUCGUUGGUCAGGAGCAUUUUACACAAUAACUUAAGGUAGGAGGGUGUUUUUGAGGUGGGGCAUGGUUCUACAUUUUUUAAAUUUAUAACUACAUUUUAAGUGUUUAAAACUGGAAAUUUUAUAUGUAAAAUACGUUUUUCCUAUUUUGAAUUAAAAUAUAUUACCUAAAAUUAACAAUGUUUAUUUUUCAGGACCAAAGCUUCGGUGGUAGAGUUGUUAUCAGCAAUAUGUUUAGUAGAAGGUGGACACGAGAAGGUGGUAGAUGCUUUCAACAGAUUCCGGUUAGAGUACAAAGAGAUUCACAGGUUCAAAUGCUUGAUGUACUUGUUCCGAAACCCUCCUGAGUUUCAUGUCGAUUUCAUGGCUGGUUGUAUGCAGUUCAUCAACGUCUUGGUUCAUUCAGUCGAAGAUGUUAACUAUAGAGUCUAUCUUCAGUUCGAAUUCACGAUUUUGGGGUUGGAUGAUUAUUUGAAGGUAGGCUUUUGGAUUUUGGGAAUAAUGUUGUAAAUUAUAUUUUAAAAAUAGAAAAAAUAUUUGAAAAUUUCAAAAGCAGUAUUUUAGUCACAGGCUCAGACAAUAUAAACUUGAUUUAACUAACCUUUCAGGAACUAGAAGACAAUGAAGCCGAACAGCUUCAAACUCAACGAAAAGCUUAUUUGGACAACCGAGUGAUAGUCGAAAAGUUAAUGCAGGACUCAGAUCAACUCCCCGACCUAAAGCAACGCAUCGAAGCUAUUCAGAUUGAUCUCUCCAACAAACGAGAAGAAUAUCAAAGGAACUUGGCUGAUAUCAUGGAACAAAACAACAAACUCCUAAGUCAGGUAUCUCGGUUGGGAGCUGAGAAAGAGCAACUACUCAGAGCUACUGAGGAAAAGGACAAAACGUUGACAACUUUGGAGAGGAAGUACUUUGAAACUAACAAAAAGUUGAACAAGGUCGAGAGUGAUCUGAAGCUGGAGGUGGAGAAGGCGAGGAAGAAGAUUGAGAGUAGGUUUAAUCAGUCUGAGAUGUCCUGGUCAUAAUUGUUGAGAGAUUCAUAUUUUGAAAGAGUUUUCAGUCUAAUAAAGUUAACAUUGCUAAUGGGAUUUGUCUUAUGGUACUUUCUUUUUGAAGAUCUGGUUCUUGUUCAUUCAAUUUAGUUUUUUGAUUAUUGAAUGUUGUUUUUGACGAUCUCAAGACAUCUUAAUGUUUACACUUUCAUUUUUCAGAUGAGCUUUCCCAAGCAGCGACACGCCGUUCCCAAUCUCGUGACAAGGCUGUUGGAACAAGUCCAAAAACACCGAAUCCACCCGUACAACAAACAAAGUCCAUCGAAAAAAGUGAAGAUACACCAGACAAAGUUGAGGAAGCUCCAAAGAAGGCAACAGCUCCACCACCACCCCCGCCUCCCCCUCUCCCCGGAUUCCUUAAUCCAGCCAACGUGAAAAAACCCCCAGCUGGAGGCCCACCACCCCCUCCGCCACCUCCACCACCAGGCAUGAAAAUGGGACCACCUCCUCCACCCGGAGGUCCUCCAGGACCCCCACCACCUCCAUUCGGCAUGAAUAACAAGAGUUUCCCUCAAAUGACAGCUCAGCCUCAGAAGAAGGUGGCGAAGAUCAAUGCGAAGCUACCGGCUUUGAAUUGGACUGCCAUGCCUUCUAGGGUGAUCAAGGACACGAUCUUCAAUGAGUUGGACGACGAGAAGUUGGCUGAUGUGAGUUUGAACAAUUGGCAUUUAUGUUCUUAGUUUGAAUGAUAUUGAGUAGAAGAACUUUUUUUUUUGAAAAUGUUAUUUAAUUUGAUUUUUUGAACUUGAAAAGUUUAAAAAUAUUUAUAACAAUCUUUCUUUCCAGACCUUGAAUCUCGAGUUUCUCGAACAAAUGUUUGGAGAAGAUCAACAGCACAAAGAUGAUGACAAACUUCAUCCUAACGGCCCACCGUCACCUUCGUCUGUAGCCUCUUCAACACCAUCCAAUGUUGGCCAAACUAUCCUGGAUGCGAAACGACUUCAGAAUAUUGCAAUCACACGUCGACGACUCGGUAAAACGAUCGUCCAGGUCAUGGGAGCCAUUCAUAGACUCGACCUCAAAGCUUUGACCUUUGACGAAGUGGAUAUCUUGCUGAGAAUCAUGGUGAAUGACGACGAAAUCAAGCUCUUCAAUCAGUUCGCGUCCGAAAACGAUGGCAUUGAUAAGCUAUCACUGGACGAACAGUUUGUCUGGAAACUUCACAACAUUGAACGGGUAACAACCAAGCUGAAGUUGAUGGCAUUCAUGUCCGAGUACGAAGAUACCAUGAAGAGGAUCGAACCGGAGCUAUCCAAGGUUACAAUGGCUUCGAAGUCGGUUAUCGAAUCUCAGAAGUUCAGACAAGUUUUGGAGGUGUUGUUGGCUAUUGGCAACGCCAUGAAUGUGGGAAGGAAACGCGCUGUUGCUUAUGGUUUUAGAUUGUCUACGUUGUCUAGGGUAAGUUCGGGGAUUUAAAGUUAUACGUGGUUACGAACUGACGUUUUACUGUUAUUUAUAAGGCUUUUUUGGCAAGAUGGUACCAUUUAAUUCAUAAAAAUCAUUUUAAAUCAUCUUUUUUAGUUGACAGUCCAAAAGUCUCACAAAGACUCGGACAUUACCAUCCUCCACGCCCUUGUUGACGCUGUUCAGAACGUUCGACCAGAAUGCAUGGACUUCAGCAAAGAAUUGGCAUUUGUGGACACGGCUUCUGCUGUCAGUUUGAGCAGUUUGGAAAUGAUGUGCCGAGAAGCCCAGCAAUCUUUCAAAAUCGCCGAAAAUGAAAUGCAACGUGAGAAUCCACCAGAAGCACUUGAUGCGUUCGUAGCAGAAGCCAAACCUCGAGUCGACGGCCUAGCGUCAGCGCUGGACUUGGCUAAGAAAGAAUUCACCCGAUGUGCUCAACUGUUUGGCGAAGACCCCAAAACCCAAUCGCCAGAAGAGUUCUUCGCUUUGAUAAACACCUUUGCAAAGAACUUUGACAAUGCGGCCGACCAAUUGAAGAAGAAACGUCACACUCAAGAAGAACAGAAGCCCAAAGCCAUCGUUAUUCAAAGGAAACCACAACAGAACGGCGAUGAGAGGAAGGAUAAUGGCGUCAUGAAGGAACUACAGAACAGAUUCGCUAACAGACAGUCGAACAAGGUCCAGUCCAGCCAGAUCGAGGACGGGGAUCUGGAGAGAAUAAUGAAUGGUAGGUUUUUGAUUUUUUUGGUCAAAAAGUAGAUAGAAAAGUGGAAAAAAGAUUUUUAUAUAAGAUCUAAAAAUGUGCAGAAGUUAUUUGAACUUGUUGAUAAUGAUAAAUUAAAAAUUAAAUUCCACAUUUUCAGGCUUGAAAGACGGAUACGUUGCCUCGGGCAAAAGCUCCGCAGGCCCCAUCCGUCGUGCUGUCCGACCAACGCCACGCCAAAGCGCUCCCUCGAAUGGCACAUCCGAGCCGUUCCGCCAGGUUUGCCGUGAUCGACAGGCUUAA